CGUAUUCAGCGUCUGGUCUUGCUGAAUACGUUCAUCGUUUCCCGCCGGACUAUUUCCCCACCUUCUUCCUUUCCUCCAUGACCGCCACAGCGAGCAAGCCAAAUCUCCUCGUCGCGUGCUACAACGCUGUGGUCAACUUCAAGGUUGAGGAUCUCUUCACCACCAAGAGACCUCCUGGUCCACCUAGAACAAUCUAUGUCAACGAGAAUAUCCCCCCGGAAUGUUUAGAUCACAAGGGCAAAGUCAAGCGUCAGCACGUAUACUGCAGCAAUCAGGUCAUUACAUCCAAGUAUACGAUCCUCACGUUCAUUCCGAGAAAUUUGCUAGAACAGUUUAGGCGGAUUGCGAAUAUUUAUUUUUUGGCUCUCGCGAUACUCCAAUUCUUCCCUGAAUUCUCGACAAUCGCGCCUGGAGUCGUCAUACUACCGCUUAUUAUCAUUAUUGCUCUCACUGCACUGAAGGAUGGGUACGAGGAUUAUAGAAGGCAUCAGUCAGAUCAGCGAGUCAACCAGAGUAUCGUGCAGGUGUUGAAAGGGGGGAAUUGGGUCAAUCCGAAUGUCACCAAGGGAAAAAGCAAAACAUUUGUGCGCGGAAUAAUUCCCAAGAGCAACAGGCGGCCACGUACUAUUCAUCCCACGGAAUCUCUCGCAGUUGAUCCUGAUCUAUCAGCCAACUCUAUCACAAAACCAGGCGAGAUAAACCAGUCUGACGCCAAAUACGGAGCGGGACCACCGUAUUGGGAGAACAUUCUUUGGGAGGACCUCCGUGUCGGCGACUUUGUCAAGAUCAACGAAAACGAGGCCAUCCCCGCCGAUCUCAUUAUCUGCUCCACCUCUGAUGAGGAAAACGUCGCCUACAUUGAGACUAAAAACCUCGAUGGAGAGACAAACCUCAAAUCCCGCAACGCUGUACCACUGGUAACGCAUCUGCGCACUGCCGCCGAUUGUGCCAACACCAUCAAUUCUUUCCGAAUCAACUGUGACCGUCCCGAAAACAACAUGUAUCGUCUCAACGCUACCGUCGAAAUGGGUGGAAAGAAGUUUCCGGUAGAUCUACAGACGACCUUGUUACGAGGAACCGUCCUCAAGAACACCUCAUGGGUUAUUGGUGUUGUCAUUUUCAGCGGCGAGGACAGUAAAAUCGUCAUGAAUGCUGGCGGUACACCGAGUAAGCAAAGCAGGAUUGAGCGGCAAAUGAACCCCAUGGUGAUGAUUAACCUUGCGCUUAUUUUCGGGCUUGCUGCUAUUUGUGCCAUCGUCGGGUGGUCCCAAGAGAAGGAAUAUGUUCCAUUGGGCGCGCCUUGGCUGAUCAGUGACAAGAGUACUAGCGUGAACGCUGCUAUCACUUUUGUGUACGGUUUACUCACAUUCCAAGCAUUGGUUCCAAUCUCUCUAUACCUGACGUUUGAAGUUGUCAGAACAGUCCAAUCGAUUUUUAUCUAUCUCGAUGGCGACCUAUAUUACGCGAAAAAGGACACGCCUACCCAAGCCCGAAGUUGGAAUUUGACGGAUGAUUUAGGCCAAAUCGAGUACAUCUUUUCCGACAAGACUGGAACGUUGACACAGAACGUUAUGGCAUUCCGACAAUGCUCGAUUGGAGGGAAAGCGUACAGGGGCGACCAGAAAUCGGAACUCGAGAGUUCAGAUCAACUGAACCCUUCGAUGGAUGUUGAGAAGAAUACGUGUGUUGAUGCAAAUGCAACUGUGCAAACCAUCCCCGUAGGCUUCCCACCUGACCGACCUUCCGAUGCUACUAGCUCUAAAACGAAUUCAACGCAGCCGAAAUCAUCAAGGAAAAUCGACGAUAUUCCUCAUUUCCACGACUCUGAUUUGACUGCUGACAUUGAGGCUGCUUAUGCUGAAGAACCUGAUUCUAGUAUCGCUUCGCAUGCGAGGAAUCUGAAUGGGUUCUUCUCGGUCCUUGCGCUUUGUCAUACUGUCCUGGCGUCCGUUGAUUCCGAGACUGGAGCGAUUCAGUAUAAAGCACAGUCACCUGACGAAGCCGCGCUUGUACAGGCCGCUGCGGAUGUUGGGUUUGUGUUCCUUGGGAGGGAGAAGGAGACGCUUUCGUUGAGGACGCCUUCGUCACCUGAGCCGGAGAGGUAUGAGUUGUUGAAUAUCUUGGAGUUUAAUUCGACGAGGAAGAGGAUGAGUGUUGUGUUGAGGAAGUUGGGAACGGAUGAAGGGAGGGUGUUUUUGUUGUGUAAGGGGGCGGAUAAUGUUAUUUUUGAGAGGUUGAAGCCUGGAUCGGAGGAGUUGAAGGAGGAGACGGAGAGGCAUUUGAGUGAUUUUGCGAAUGAGGGGUUGAGGACGUUGACGUUGGCUUAUAAGGUUAUUCCGGAGGAUGAAUAUGAGGUCUGGGCACAGAAAUAUCAUGAAGCUUCGGUGGCUAUGGAUGAUAGGGAAACUCAAAUUGAAGCCGUUUCGGAAGAGAUUGAAAAGGAUCUUCGACUUUUGGGCGCUACUGCGAUUGAAGAUAAGCUGCAAGAUGGUGUACCUGAAGCUAUUGCAGACUUGAAGCGCGCUGGGAUCAAAAUCUGGGUAGCCACUGGUGACAAGUUGGAAACUGCUAUUGCCAUAGGGCGGAGCACCAACUUGAUAGGACACGACUCGAACAUUGUCAUCGUUCGUGGUGGUGGUAGGCCGGUUGGAGAUCAGAUACGGGGCGCGAUAGAACGGUUCUUCCCUGAAAGUCUUUCGGCGAUUCCACCACCGGCGGCCAGACCGAGAUCUUCGACUUCUUCCCGUCAUGAGUUGCAUCGAGUUAAUACUGGUGUAUCUAUAUCCUCCAUCGUUGGGGAGGGCAAUGGUGACAGACCGGGAGGGUUCAUCCUUGUUGUGGAUGGUGCUGCGUUAAUCCAUGCGUUCGAGAAUGCGGAAAAUAAGGAGCUCCUUCUUCGUCUGGGGACUUUAUGUGAAGGUGUCAUUUGCUGCAGAGUGUCGCCGUUGCAGAAGGCGCUUGUCGUUCGGCUUGUGAAAGACGGGUUGAACGUCAUGACGCUUGCUAUUGGUGAUGGUGCGAAUGAUGUUAGUAUGAUUCAAGCUGCGCAUGUUGGUGUUGGUAUUUCGGGUGAGGAAGGGUUGCAAGCUGUGAAUUCGUCGGACUAUUCCAUUGCUCAGUUCCGGUUCUUGAAAAGGUUGUUACUUGUCCAUGGGCACUGGGCGUAUUCCCGCAAUGGAUUAAUGAUUCUCAACUUCUUUUACAAGAACGUCGUACCCACCGGUAUAAUGUGGUGGUUCCAGAUCUUUUGUCAGUGGAGUGCAAACUUCGCGUUCGAAUAUCAGUACAUUCUGUUCUGGAACUCGAUAUGGACUAUCGCUCCUGUGGCUGGUAUUGGUGUUGCUGACCGGAUUAUCGAUGACCAUGUCCUUAUGGAUAUCCCUGAGCUAUAUUGGUACGGUCGUACAAGAUACUAUUUCUCGUUCCGGAGCUUCUUCGGGUUCAUGCUCGAUGGUCUCUACCAGUCUGUCAUUCUUUUCUUCCUGGUCAUGUACACAUAUGUCACCACGUCGUCGCGAGUUGAUGGUUACGAUGCUGCGUUCUAUGAAUGGUCGACGACUGUAGCCGUUGCUGCUGUUUGUGUGGCAGAUGUUUUUACUGGCUUGACUGCUGCGGCUUGGACAUGGUGGUUGGUGUUCUUCGUCUUCAUCGGCGUGCUUAUCGUCUGGGCGUACACACUUAUCAACUCCGCACUCAAUCCCGCCACUACUUGGACAUUUGUCUACGGAAACUACUAUUAUCUCUGCACAUCAGCUUACUUUUGGCUUGGUUUACUUUUGGUGUUCAUACUCUCCCUCGCACCACGAUUUAUCAUCAAAGCGUACAAGGCCUCGAUAAACCCUGGUGAUAUCGAUGUCGUCCGGUAUAUCAGCAAGAACGGUCCCUAUAACGAUCUUACAGCACAAGGCUCCGACGUGCAUCUAGGGAUUGGGCUAACGGAGAUGAAGAAACGACGAAACCGGAUGUCACGAGCAUCUUCCAUGGCGGAACGGAUGUCGCGCCGGUCUUCGAGAAGUAGUGUGGUGACUAUUGAUAGGCUUUCAAGGCCUGGAACGGCACUUGGUGUACGAUCUGCGAGUCGGAUGGAUAUGUCUACAGGGAUGGUGUCCGCGGAGCGUGGGUUUGAUUUUGCUACGGAAGAGAAUGGGCCGGCGAUUCGAAGGAUACAGACGAAUCUUUCGGAGAGGCGGUUGAGUAGUCGAAAUCUUCCUAGUCCUAUGGCUAGUGAGCAAAAGGGGAAAGGAAGCGAUGGGCGUCACCCUCAUCAUCAUCCGACAAGAAUGUUUUCGCUACCUAGGGGUUUCAAGAAGAAAAAAUCUGGAACGACACCUAGAAUAGGCGAGUGA